AGGUGAAUAAGCAAUGCAACAGUGCAGUGCUCAAAUGCAACUGUGGUUCGACAUGCAUUUGUUUGUACGUGCGUGUGUGUGCGCGCGCGAGAAUGUCAAACGAUUGCAGGUUGCUUAAGUGAAUUAAAAACAAAAAAUAAAAAAUAAAAUAAAAACAAGAAAAAAGCGAAAAACAGAGCAAACAGCCAGCCGCUGACAUUUCAGGCAGCAGUGGUGGUGAGACAAGCUGGCGCUGCCACAGUGGGCCGCCCAAGUGUGCUGCAGCUAAGCCAAAACAGCGCUGAAUUUCAGUUUCAGCUGUCAAAGCAAAAAAAAAAAACACGAAAAAUUUAACAAAAAAAAAGUUAUUAAAAAGUGAAAAGUUAGUCAAGCUGAUAUUGUUUUAAACCAGUAAAGCCAGUGUGCGCGGCGUGUCUGUCCUAUAUGUGAUGUAUACUAGUAUAUAAACGAAUGUGUGUGCUAUGCACUGAGUGAAGUGAAUCAACGCAAGUGAGGAACAUUGCAAUACAACUUUGAUAUCCCUAAACAAUACCCUAAAACAAUAAAGAAAACACAAUAACAGGAAAAAACCAAAAAUAAUAUUCUCCAAGUAGUGACUAGUGAUAACGAAAAAUGCUCCACCGGCUAUGAUUGCCACACUAUUCAUCUUCUUUGCAUUUAUACGUGCGUUUCCCUGGCGGAGACGCCGACCACGUCCAAUAAUACUCCCACCAGCUGCAACGCCGCAAUCGCCAAUCCCUUUGCAAUCAACGGCAACCAGCCCAACACAAUCCCACCCAUCAGCAGCAACAACAAGUGUGCCAACAACAACACCUCCACCAAACGAAUACAGUGCAAAAUCAUCGACGUUAACAACGCUCACUAACGGUACUGCAGUGGCGAAUGAACAGCAUGAACACACCCCAAUCAUCAGCAACCAAACCUACGAUGCUGCAAAAACGGUAGCAGUCGCUGAUGACUUGGAGGAGACACCGCGGCGCUCUUCCGUUCAGCAGGCGCGUCGCAAAUCCUCCAAGUCAAUAAAAUAUCACGAAGUUACGUUUAGUGGUAGUGUCGGUGGCGGCGAAAGCGAUGAUAACGAACAUGAAACACCGCAUACUACGCGGCGCAGUUCGUCGCACCACAAACCGCAUCAUCAGCUACACCAGCAGCACCAUCAUCACCAGCAACAACAACAACAACAGCAACAACAACGCCAACAACAUUUGUUGCAACAUCAACAAACGCUAAACGCCGCAUCACGUCCCACCUCACCGGAUAGUCAUAGCUCUGCGUCACACUAUCGUUCGCUCAGCAGCGGUCAUAGUGGGCGCACGAGAAACUCCACCGAUUACGAAACUGCCAGCAGUGAGUUGUACAAUAGCGCCAAAUCGCAUGUGGAUGCAACGGCGGAAGGUGCGGAUGACGGUGAUAUUGGUGGCGGUGGUGUUAGUGGCACGAAUGGCCAAGUGCACAGUUCCAUCGCCAUCGUCACACGCAGCAUUGCUGGCGGACGCCGUUUUCCACCGCGACGCGCCGCUACAGUUGCCACCGAUACGCUGGGCACUGACGACGAAGGCGCCGGCACUGAUGCGCACUAUGAAGACGCCGAAGAGGCGGCCGAUGAUGAUCGCGAUCCGGAUUCGUAUGAUCGUGAAACAGAGGAGUUCUAUAGUAAUAUACAGGAUGCUGUGGGCCCGCCGGGUACGCGCAGUAAACGCUCAUCACUUUUCUCGCGCUCCGAUUCUUCGGCUACGACGACUUCAUCGAGUGGCGGGGGCACUUUCAUGGGCGGCAAGCGACGUUCGACCGCAUCGAUUAUUUCGUCGUCCAUGUGCUCCGACGUUAUACCAAUCGAUCGACGCAGCUCAACGGCCACCGAGUAUAGUGUACGCUCGGCGUCGGGUCAACGGCGCUCGAGUGGGCGUAUACGCCGUUACAUAUCACGUAUGACGAUAGCGGGCGCGCGACGACGCACAACUGGCAGGUAG